UCAACCAGAAGUACUUGUUCUUGCUCGAAAGAAGAAAGAUUUGGUGCUUGUUCGCCGUCCACGAGAAAUAUACACAAGAUAUGGAUCGCUUUGUCGGCCGUUGCCUGCUUAUUCUGGCGAUACUUUGCGGUCUGCUGUACGAGCACAAAGCGAACAGUGAUCGUGAUAGUCCGCACUUGAGACGGAAGCGUUACGUCGUCUUUCCGGAAGGCUCGAGCUUUUCCAUUGCACUCUGUAUGACGGUUCAUACUCUAACGCCAGACAACAUCUUCACAGAGGGCGUAAAUUGGGGUAUCUCUUAUGAUUUACCGAACGAGAGCAAGCCGGCUCUUGAACCAUUUCUUCAGCUCAGAAACGAUAGAUUCAAGAGCACCAACAAAUACGGAUCGAUCAAGAACGGCUUACAAUCGGUGAAUAAGAAUGCUUUCGAAUAUACUGGAUGGAACGUACCUGGCAAAUACGUUCAAUUUUCUUCGUCUGGAAAGAAGAGAAAAGGUUACAAGGGCAAUUAUUAUUAUAUUCAAAGAAGACAUCGUCGUGACCUUUACAAUAAACUUGAGGUCAUCAUGAACUCAAUGGGUUUUGACGGGAGAUCCUGCGUCCUUCGAGCUCUUUGCGAGGCCUCUCAAAGACUAAUGCCAAAGGGAAACACUCUUGUGGAAGAAAUGAUGAGGAUAUCAUUCUCGUUACCCCUUAAAAAGGUAUUUUCCUUUGAACCAGAAGAACAUCGUACGUAUACCAAUGCCCAUAAAGCCGGUCACGAAGGCCAAGACUGCGUCGCCAUGUUCCCCGGAUGCAGUUUCUCCCUCAUCGACAUGGCCCUCGGGAAAUAUAAUGCACCGUCGGGCGACUAUACUGACGUUACUAGCUACCAUCCAUCGCAUCCGGUAAUUCCGAUUGGCCCGUCCGGAACUUAUGCCACCGAUGAUGACCACGACGAUGACGUUAGCGAGAAUUGGACAAGAUAUAACAUGAAAUAAACUCUAUCUAUCUCGGACAGGACGAGUUCUCGAAACUAGAUGAGAUUUUUUUUCUUAUAUAUGUAAUAUAAGUACGUAUGAGAAACUUUCGAUAUUAUCAAAUUCUAUAACAGUUUGAUUUUGUCUUUGACGUUUUAAUCGAAAGAUCAAGGUCGACAUUAUAAAAAAAAUAUUUCAAGAAAAAGACAAGAAAUUGAGAAAUUUGAAGAAAAGAAAAAAAAAGAAAAAAGAAAGAGAGAAAGAGAAAGAGAUAGAUAGAUAGAGAGAGAGAGAGAGAGAGAGAAGAGAGAGAGAGAGAGGAGGGUAAAUCUCUUAACUCUAGCAGUUAAUCGGUGCCGCCGAGAACCCAUCGAUAAAGAAGCUCAAAAUGAAAAGCAAUUUUCGGGAACGCUUGAAGGAAAUGGUUAAAUCGGAAUUAAUUUUCUACCCCUCCCGGUAAGUGACACCGGUAUUCGUAUCUUUUCUUAAAUAAGAGGGUGUCUCCGACGAGGGAUCGAAAGAAAAAAAAAAUAAGAAAGAAGAAAAAGAAUGAGGAAUAGAUUUUUGUCAAACGUAAGAAGGACAGACUGGCCUUGCCGAUGUUUCUUCGUCUUCUUUCCCUUAUCCUCUUUCCUCCCUUUUCAGUUUCUACGUUGGCUGCGUAACGUCGUGCGGUCAACGCGAUAAGGGAUGAAAAAUCACUCGGCACGAUUUGCGGACUUUCUUGCGGACAAAGAUAUGAAGAUAUUGAGAUCUUUUUCCUUUCUCAUUUCUAUACGUAAAAUGUCUUUCUUCGUAUAAUACGAACCAUCUGCUUCCUCUCUCUCUCUCUCUCUCCCUCUCUCUCUCUCUUUCUCUCUUUCUCUUUCUCUUUCUUUUUCUCUUUUUCUUUCUCCCUUUGUAACUCAUUUCAAAAACGAAUAGACGACUUGUCAUAGAGAAAAUUGAUUUUCGACUUGUUCAUUGUUAUUUCGUGUUUGCCGAGCGUGCUUCUUCUGAAAUAGGAACGUGACGAUAGACUACCCAGCUGAGUCGAUGAAAAAUAUACGAGAGUGAGAUAAUUGUCACAUUGAUUAAUGAAGA